AUGAACGAGUUCUGCAAACGCCGACCCCCAACUUUUCACGGAGACACCAAUCCCGUCGUGGCCAAGACAUGGCUAAAUGAGGUCAAAAUGAUCCUCAGAACCUUAGGGAUCACCCAGGACAGGGAUCGUGUGGCCUUGGCCACGUACCAGUUGAAGGGAGAAGCCUGCUACUGGUGGGAUCCGAUGGAGGCAACCCAUGCCAUAGCCACCAUGACAUUUGCCGAGUUCGAGACUCUGUUCCUCGAUAAAUAUUUUCCCACGCCUCUUCCCCUAGCCAAGGAACAAGAGUUUCUAAAUCUGAAACAAGGAACGAUGACCGUUACCCAAUACGCGGCCAAGUUCGAGGAACUGUCCCGCUACGCCCUAGUCACCAUAGCAACAGAGGACAAGAAAGCGAGGAGGUUUGAAUGGGGGCUGACAACUGCUAGAAGGGUUGUGGUGUCUCAAGCCUUUCCCACUUAUGCCGGUGCCGUGAAGUGUGCUUUUCGAUUGGAGAGUGAAGAGAAUGACUUCAAAACCCGAUGGAGGAAGGCGACGGGCAACACUGGCAGACCGAUCCGAACUCAACCUUCCAACAACAAUCACGGACCCUACCCUACCAAACCCUUUACCCCGACCCAAGGCAACCAACCCUGGAAGACUGCAAUCCCCGAAAGUGGCAAGCAAAAGAGAGGUGGUCAAGACAUAGCGAUAGUCCAGUGCUUCAACUGUCAGGCUGUGGGUCACUAUAAGUGUGACUGCCCCAAACUUCAAAGAGAGAGGAAUGGAAGCUUUGGAAAUCAAAAGGCUCAACAACCUGGACAGUCCGGUUUUGAGAAACAAAACCCUGGAGGCCCAUUGCAGCAGCAAAACAAGGGAAAACAGCCCAUGGGAACAUAG